GCAGACGAGCUUUACGGCACAUUCCCUUUCAAGGUAAAACGAUUGGUGUCAUAUACGACCGUCGAGCAGCAGUUCUUUCACAAUUUAUUCCAAACUUUGACAGGCAAAAAAUAGAUUCAUUUCAGGUCUGCAGAUUGCUUAUCUCAACCAUGCUCGAGCCAUGCCAUGCUCUCUCCUUGCUCCUCUGCCGGAUGUGCAGGAAGUGGGCAUCUGCCGGCGAGGCAUUCCACCGACUUGAGCGAUCAUUGGGCACCUGCCAAUCCUUGGAUCAUGGCAGGCAUAAUGCCAUGCCAUGUAAACAGGGCGAGCUUGAAUCAAAGCGAACUUUAAUAAAGCACCAGCAGAUUCGGAUCGGCUUCCACGCGUAAAAUACGAAGCAUCCUUAUAUCGCGCGGAAUCGUGUCCAAGACUUCAAAUCUCGAGGGAAUCCUUGGGGUUCGACUCACCUUUUUUUUUUGCACAGCCCACAACGUCACCGCGGCUUUUCAAGGAAAGGUUACACCAAGAACGGUAGACGAUGACCUGAUGGCUUGCGGGGAAAUACGACAGGUCUCAGACGAACAAUACAUCCAAGGGUGGUGUGUGGGAAGAAGAACCGCAUUGGGAAUAUCUCCGUACGGCACGCUCUCCAUGCAUGCCGCGACUGAUGACGGUCUGGCGGGAUCAAGGCUGAAGGGGGGUUCCUCUAAGAUGUGAUGAUGAGAGUUAGAACAUACUAGUGCAGAGUGACAUAGCUUGCAAGCCCUGAAAAGUGGAUUUUCAGACAUGGCAAUCUAUUUAAGGUUGGCGGUAGCGGCUUUGUGGUAAUUUUACCGGGUAUUUACUGGUGAGCGGCGCGGUAUGAGCAAGCCUCGCAAGCAACACAUUCUUUAGGUCAAAGGCCACUUAAAAUUUCUCGCAAUCACUGAAGACAAAUUGGACGGUUUGAACGGGGUUUUGCUUAGGGGGUUACGGUUCUAAUUUAAGGAUUGCGGAGGUUCCGGAUCAUACAAGUUAGUCCCUCCCAGGCAAGGGGACACUGAUCGGAGGGUUUUGGGGUCAGUGCCAUUACUGAUCUGCUGUUGCCCCUUGUUGGGCAGGAGGGGCAGGCACAGAAACAGACUUCCUUAGGGUUUAGAACACUUUCUGCUCGCAUGGAUAACUUGCUUUCACAUAGGGUAGCGAAUCUAUAAUUGGGGGAGUUCUCAACUUUCUCGUGCAACAGCUGUCUCAUGAAGUUGAAAAUCGUUUAUUGGACGUGCGCUUGAACUUUAAACGUUCAUCGGCGUGAUAGGUAAACUUUGACUUGCGUGCUUGGUCAAUGCGGCCACGCUUUCUAAGCCGCUGAGCAGGGUCUAGGCCUCUUCUUGUGGCAUUCCGUCGAUAUACACGGUUUUGUUCAAAUAUACACCGGGUCGCCGCCGUUGGUUGAACAUUUCUCCGAAUCCUCAAGUAUGUCUGAUAAUGUCCACCCCUCGACACGCGGUGUCCACUCGAGUUUCCAGUCAGAUUCGACCUCCGACUCAGCAAAUAUGGACGCCGAAGCUUCAAUCCCUCGAAAGAGCAGCCUGCCCAUGCCGGCUUCCUCUUUUGGCUGUAGUCAGUGUCCGAAAUCCUUCAAUAGGCGCGAGAAUUUGAGUCGUCACAUGAAAACUCACGAUGUUCCUCGAACUCACAUUUGCCAAAUAUGUGAAAAGACUUUUACUCGGAGUGAUUUACUAAAAAGACAUGAGGCCGGCCAUGAACGGUGGGACAAGAAAGAACCAAAGCCUGAGAGCCGAAGGGGAUCCGUGAAACGAAGGAAGACUUCCGAAGACCCUGAAAGUCACGACAACUUUGAAAACUUCAAUUGGACGCCUACAAGUCGAUCAGGAUCAGCUCAUCUAUCUCCCUUGCAAAGUGGCCCAUCAUUUCCGACGGAAACGCCAACGGCGAAUUACUCAACUUCCUUUCAAGAGUCCACGGGGAUAAAUGUACCGUUCCUCGAAGCUGCGCCUAGAUCAUUUGGAGCAGACCAACAACUAAAUAUUAACAACAAUGUGCCCCAAGCAAUGCCAGUACCUGGCUUUGUACACCAGGAGACGCAUUCUUUCACGCAGCAAUACCGAGACCCAUACCAUGACACAAUACUAGACCACCAGUUUCCUACGAAUUCUCUUGGUAUACUGGGAUAUUCUUAUCAGAUACCCUUCAGUCAUACUUCCUAUUUACAACCGGAGAACAACCCAAUGGGAAAUGCGUGGGUUCCCAACGACUUAUAUGCUACGAUGGUUGAACCUGGGAACGAAUGGGAAAAUACUGGGAAGCUUUUCAAUCAAAAUAUUCCCAUCUCAGAUUCUAUACAGCACCAUUUUAGCAAUAUUAAACUGGAAGGUUCAGGUUCAAAUUCUACAAUGCCAGCUAGCGAGCCUCAUUUUGAGUACCAUCAACCUAAAAAUGAGAUGUUAGAAUCUGGGUCAACCCGAUCUGCGAGUAUCGCAGGUGUGCCUUCACCUCCAAAUCUACCUUGGGGUGAAGAUAAAUGGCCUUCUUCAUGGAAUCCUAGUAUGGAUCCAACUGCAGUGUUGGAAGUUGAUCCAAUUGAUCUACCAUUUGAUCAUCCUUUAUUUCAAAACCAUAACCCAAGAUAUGAUAUUUCAGAAUCGACAUAUUACAAAAUGCGGGAAUUUUUGAUAUCCCCCGUUCACGAAGUUCCUAACAGAAAACCGCAUUUUACAAUGCCACCAUUAUAUGUGGUCAACAUUUUUAUCGGGCUUUACUUUAAGCAUUUUUCACACCAAGCACCCGUACUUCAUCAUCCUACCGUGGACACCAAUCAACUUUCUCCGCCAUUACUAUCUGCCAUGAUGAUUGUUGGAUCUACUUAUAGUCAUGUUAAGAACGGAAGACGACUAGCUAUUGUUUUAAUUGAAGUGAUUGGUUGGCAUUUACUUGCCGCUAUUCAUCUAGACAUGAGCUUGAUUCGAAACCCCAUGACAAUUUUUACCGAAGCCUUACUUAUCCAUAUGGGAUUGUGGUGUGGGAAUAAGCGUGCAUUCGGCGUAUCUGAGUCUUUCAAAGGACAUGCUGUCUCUCACAUGCGUCGAUUAUACGAGAGUGAAAAGUCGAAUGCACUAAAUAGAUAUUCGUCUGAGGAUCAAACAUUGAAGGAUCCCCAAGUUCAAUGGAAACGAUGGAUCAACGAAGAAUCUCUGAAUAGGCUUUACUGGGUUGUCUUUGCAACUGAUCGCCAAUUCUCUGCGCUUUGGAAUCAAUCGUCAGCAAUGACAAUUGGUGAAUUGGUAGAUGUCAGCUGUCCUUGUGAUGAAGUCUUUUGGUGUGCCCCUUCUGCUAGCGAUUGGAAUUUUGCGCUUGGUUCUGCGAAGCUACCACAGUCUUUAUCAUUCGCAGCUGCCAUAGGACCUUUUCUGUUUCCUCUCCCUCCAUCCUCGUCUAUACCCCCCAUGGGUCAUUUUUCGACGGGGGAGGAACCUAUAUUUCAACCCCAGCACCUUCCAUUACCAAACCUUAAUUCAUAUACCGCAUUUCUUGUUUUGCUUGAAAUUCAACGUCAGAUAUUCGAUGCCUCACAAGAAUUUUUAGUUGCUUGCAAAUUCAUCAACAGUCAGAUCCCGUCAGAAAUUUACGAAAGUCCACCCGGUCAUUAUCCUGCUUCAUCUCUCUCACAGGCCCUCAAAUCCCGCGUUUCUGCGAGGAGAAAAGAAUUAGCCUACACGCUUAACCGCUUUUUCAAAACCUACUUACGACCUCAUUUGACUAUCCCCCACUCCACAUCUCAUGUUUUUCACCAUACUUGUAUUGUUCAACACCAUAUCACGAGUCUUUUCCUCCAUAUUCCUUUUACCGAUCUAUUAAAUGUGAUUGGAAAUUCGAGUCAAACGGGUAUUGGGCAUGCUCUUGAAAGACUAAGAUUAUGGGCACAAGAAGAUCCAGAGUUAGCUAUUGAUGUAGCUGUCCGAGCUGCUGCUGCAAUCAUGGAAUCAAAUAAAGACCUCGAUGUGGAUGUGACAGGCCGAGAAAAGGGGAGUGAGGCACCCAAGGAAACAAAGAGUGGUAUGAUAGACACAGGAGUCUAUGGAGCCUCAUUAUUAAUGAUGACUCAUGUCAUCCUUUGGGCUUUCGCACAAGUUGCGGAUAAAAAGCAAAAAGAUAGUCUGAUGAAAAGACUAAGAGGACACAAAAAUACAGCAGACGACGCAUUUUUGGAGAUAUUGGGGAGGGAAUUGAUGGACGAGGAAGAUAGUGAGGGAUCAACUGGCAAGGGGAAGAACGUAGGCCCGGGAAGACCAAAGGUGAAAGCAGUGUCAAGAUCGCUAUUCAAAAGUGCAGCAGAUACGCUGAUGCGGUUUGGAACUUGGGGAGUUGCGCUCGAUAUGGCGAUGUUGCUACGUUUUAGAGCGGAAGGUUAGACUGGGGAGGAAAAAAUGAUGAUGAAUUCAAACGGCAUCUUCUGGUAUGGAUGGUAACUGUAUAUUACACAAUUUAGACUAAAUGUGGGUCAAGGGAAGCUAUAUGGCUUCUCUAACAUCUUGAGGGUUCCUGGAACACAUUCUUUAACAUACCCUCGGAUAUGUAUUUUUAUUUAGAGAAAUUUUAUCAAUUACAUCAUACAACGUGUAGCUAUGACAAGAAAAUGACACCCA